AUGGCACAGGUACGCAAGCAUGGGUCGAGUAGGCAUUCUGCUGAUCUGUUGUAUAGUUUACCUCUUUCUCGGGCCGGACACGGCAUUUAGCUGGCAACAAUGCUCGCAAUGCGGAGUUCAACGAGAUCCCGACGAUAUCGCUUGCUGCAUCUGAAGAAGACAUCAUCGCCCAGCUGCGGGACGCUUGUACACGGGUCGGUUUCUUCUACGUGAAGGCGAGUCUAGUCCAUGUCUCCAGCACAACCAAGACGCUGAUUGAUGUGCCCCGCAGGAUCAUGGUGUGUCCCCGAAAGUGAUAGAUGGGAUUUUCCAAACAGCCAAAGACUUUUUCGACCAGUCUCUCGAGACAAAGGCAGAAAUCCACCACAAGAAGUCAAAAAUUCUGCGAGGUUAUGAGCCAAUGGCCGAGGUUCGCACAGAUAAGUCGAAGCGAGCAGACUUGAACGAGGCGUUUAUUUGCGGCUACGAGCCGGACUUGGAUCCAGAUUUCGACGAGACAGCUCCCGUGAGCAAGAACGGUAGGUGAAAGGCUUACAGUUCAGCCAGACGUCACUGCGCUGACACUGACAAGAUGUCGCUACCCCUAUGCAAGGCCCAAAUGCGUGGCCAUCGAUGGAAGGUUUCCAAGCUGGAGUCUCUGCCUAUUAUGGAGAAGUUUUGAGGCUCGCCCGUCGAAUGGUCAGACUAUUCGCCAAAGUUCUGGAUCUGCCUGAAGAAUUCUUCGACUCCACAGUAGUACAUCCCGGUGCAAUGCUGAGGCUGCUCAAGUACCCGGCGCAGGAUCCAGACCAGCCAGACGCACUCGGCAUAGGUGCGCAUACCGACAUCGAGGCCUUCACCAUACUCUGUCAAGGAGCUCAGCCUGCACUGCAGAUCUUGAACGUGGACGGCCAGUGGAUCCAAGCGCCCCCGGUACCUGGAACAUUCGUGGUCAAUAUUGGAGACAUGCUAGCACGGUGGUCAAAUGAUGUGUUCAUUUCAACCGUUCAUCGAGUACACAACGGGACGGGCUGUGAAAGGUUCAGCAUUCCAUUUUUCUUCGGCCCAUCCUACGAUACGGUCCUCAAUCCUCUUUCAACGUGCGUUCCGGAAGGGGAGAAGGCAGGAUAUGAGCCGAUAGUGGCAGGCGAGUACGUCUGGCAACGGCUUGCUCGAAGUAGGCUAAGCAAGCAGGGGGCGGAGAGCAAAUCGUUUCUGCAAAGCUCAGCAGUGGCAUGA